ACAAAAUUUAAACCUCGACGAGGAUAACUAUGAAAUACUUCGCAAAGAAAAAAUCGAUGGACAGAUUUUUCCAGAUAUGACCGAAAAAAAGUUUAUAGAAGAUGGCAUAAAACGAGGACUCACUAUAAAACUAGAUAAACAAGCCAGAAGGUUUAAAGAAUGA